AUGCACUCCACAGGAGUAUUCAUACACAACGUGCAGUGGUGUCAUUGCCCUGAAUCCUCUGUCCAUCAACAGCACCUUCAUUUGCUCAAAGCACAGCUGUUUCCUGCCAGUACAACCUGUCCUCGAACUGCCUUUACCUUUGAGGUCCUGGACCAUUUCCUCAUAGAUGCCCUGGAAUGCAAAACUUCUGCCAUGAGCUUCUUUCAAAAGCUUUGUCGGCUUACCAAUAAUGCCUUCCCAGACUCUGUACCAGUCAGUCAUUGUAUCUGCAGUGUUUUCUAUUUAUUGUUGACUGGGGAUUUAAUGAACCGGAAACAAUUUGGAUUUGAGCAUGAUACUGAGGUAAAGCCAGGUGCUGGUGAUCUGGCACUGUUUUGUGUGGCCUGUCCACAGCCUGGUAUUAACAUACCUAUUCAUUGGCAGGACAAUAUCAUUGACAAAUUUCCAAAUAGUUGGCUAGUUAUGCAAAGAUAUGUAGUGGAUGGCAACUUCACUGCUCAACAUAUGAACAUGAAACAGCCUCAUCUUGAUUUCACCCUAUCUGAUGGCCUGGGGUAUAUGGUGACAGAAGCCGAUUAUAAGGCUCAUUUGUCAUCAGCUCAGGAGAGCAAAGAGGUGUGUUCUAUUUCGUCCUCUUGCAGCAAUCACCGUGCAGUCAAUGCAGCAAACACAAAUCAAAGUAAUCUUCGAGCAACUGGAGUGGCUGCUACUGCUUGUGCACAUCAUGGUUGCUUUGUUCCUCACACUGUGGUAGAUUUUCAGAAGGGUGAACGCCACAUGAAUGUCGACUACUCGAUCUGCAGUGCUAUCAGCUAUCAUUCUCAUGAUAUUGGCACCUCUCUGAUCAUAUAUGAUAUAGGGUGUCAGUGGUGCAUUAAUUUUUCGGAACGAGUCAACAAUUGCUCAGGGUUAUCACUCCCUAAAAAAAGGAAGGUUCUGACAGCUGUUGGUAAAUUCCAUCUUAGUGCACACAAACUUCCCUGCUUUGCCAGAUUUAGUCUUAACUUCAUCGAGGGAGCUGGUCAAGUGGAUGGAGAAAUUUUAGAGACUCUUUGGGCACCUUUCAACAAAAUAUCACCCACUGCAAGGUCAAUGAGUCAAUAUCAUCGGCAGGAAAUACUGGAUGAUCACAUGAGGGACUCAAAUUGGAAAAAAUUGGUUGGGAUCGUCAAGACUCUCUUGAAAAAGUAUAAAUGUGCUGUCAAGGGAGUCAAUGACACAAAGAUCACUUUUGAUGAGCUGACAUGUUCUUUGGACCCCCAAAAAAUUGCUUUGUGGGAAAAGGAUGAGAAGAUUGCAAUGGAGCUUCGAGGAGAACAUCUUGACAUUUAUCAGUUGAAAAUUGACAAAGGUAAAUUCCCUAGUAUUCCUUUAUCAAACCUUAUGACUAAUUCACAUAUUCCGGAUUAUGAAGCUCCCACAAUGGCUGAAAUUCGAUUAAAAUUAACUGAAUCUGAGACUUUGGAAAUAGGAAGGCCAGGAUCGGUUUCUUGGAUUAUUCAGGGUAUUAAUCUAGAAGACUCUCAGGAUGGAUUACGAUCAAAUAUUCAACGUUUCCCAUGGAAUGCCACAGCUACUCAGAAGGCUGGUCUUCAAGAGAAACGACUAAAACUAGCUGCUCGAAUCAUCAAAUUUCACGAAACUGCAGAUCAAAUGACACAGGGAAUAGAACUGGAUUCGGGUACAGUCCAUGUCGAUGAUUCUCGAUUUUGCCAGGCAGAAGCUGAAGAACAAGCAUGGGAGGUUGCGGAUGAAGAUGAUUCAGAAUUGAUUGAUGAAGAAAUUCCAGCAGAAGAUAUGGGUAUCUGGAUGCCAUCAUCAGUGACCCAUGACUAUGCUGAUAUUUUCAGUUUGACCAAACUGCAGGAAGAAGAAUUAGAGUUGAGAAAAGGUCAAGCUAAUGAUUGUCUAGAAAAUAUUCGCUUGGCUCUUGGCCAGAAGGCUGUCAUCUAUCGUCAACACUUUCGAAGUGCUAAUUCUGUAUGGACUGGCACAAGGUCCAAGCAGGAUGCUCAAAGGUGCAGCCUCAAAAUCGAGAAGUUGGUCAGAAGCUAUCAAAGGGCAAGAUUGGCUAUGGAAAGACUUGGAGUGAAUAUCAAUACUCUGGAAAAUAUUUAUCAAGAAAUAUUGCCAGAACGUCUUACGGUCAAUAGGGAUGUGACUGAAGAGAAUAGGUUUGGGCAAGGGUCUGACAAGCUGGCAUGGUUUUGGAGGGUUAAUGGUGCUCACAGAAGUCAACAAGAUAUUUGGAUGAAUGAAUGUGAGUAG